AAAAAAAAAGUUAAAAAGCAAAACCCCAAUUUAUUAUAUUCUCUAAAUCCACAUCUAAUGCUUUAAAUCUUCAAUUUUUUUCUUUAUUUAUAUAUUUUCUAAAAAAGGUAAAUUUGGAAUUCAAUUUAUUCUCUAUUUAUUGAUCAUCUUGUGUUUACAAGAUUUCUUAUCACAUGGCUUCUUCCUCCAAUAAUGUUGAUGAAGAGGGAAUUGAGAAGAAAGAGGAACCAACACCUUUGGAAAAACAUGUUAUGUUUUUUGAUAUUAACAAAGAUGGUGUCAUUUACCCAUGGGAAACUUAUAAAGGUUUUCGAAAAAUUGGAAGUGGCGUUCUCCUCUCAACAGUUGCUUCCAUUUUCAUUAAUAUUGGGUUAAGUGGCAAAACUCGACCUGGGAAGUGGCCAUCUCCAUUAUUUCCUAUUGAGGUGAAGAACAUCAAAUUUGCCAAACAUAGUAGUGAUAGUGAUAUCUAUGAUACUGAAGGAAGGUUCGUUCCUGAAAAAUUCGAGGAGUUAUUCAACAAGCAUGGACGAACAAACGACAAUGCCUUAACCGGUGAGGAAUUAGAUGAACUACUCAAAGCAAACAAGCAACCCAAGGACUUUGCUGGACACAUUGCAGCUAAAUCAGAGUGGAAGAUACUUUAUCUCCUUUGCAAAGAUGAAAAUGGCAUGUUACCUAAAGAGACAAUAAGGAGUGUGUAUGAUGGUAGCCUUUUUGAACAAAUGGCCAAGGAAAAGCAAUCCAAGAAACAUAGGGGUAAAUCAAGUUCAUAAAAAAGGUGCAGCAGUUUUUUUUUCUACUUGUAACUUUGACUUUGUAUAUAUACAGUUGUGGUAUUUGUUUCUUUGUUAAAAAAAAGAAAAGGAAAAGAAGUGUUGAAUUUAUUCAUGUAUUAAUCUAUAUUUAGCAA